UUAGUGCGUACAAUCAUGUGGGAGAGCAACGAUGACAUGCAAGAAAUUGAUCUUAGCAAGGAUCAACUUAAGCAUCUUAGAAUGGCAUUCGACACAUUCGAUCCCGAAAAAAAAGGCGCUAUUCAAACCUCGAUGGUUGGAACAAUUUUAGAAAUGUUAGGACACGAAAUAAGAGGUGUUAAUUUGCAAGACAUGAUCGCAAAUUAUGAUUUAUGGGGAUCGGGAGAGUUAAAAUUCGACGAUUUCACCAAAUUGGCAUCUCGUUUUAUGGAAGAGGACACGGACACGGAAGCAAUGAAAGAGGAACUUAGGGAAGCUUUUCGAAUUUACGAUAAAGAAGGAAACGGUUAUAUCACUACCGAUGUCUUCCGAGACAUUCUUCAUGAGCUGGACGACCAACUGUCCCCGGAGGAACUUGACAUGAUUAUAGAGGAAGUGGACACUGAUGGAUCUGGCACGCUUGACUUUGAAGUGUUGAAGAAAGCAUUCAGCGCGUUUGAUCAUGAAAAAAAGGGAUGCAUCGGCACCGACAUGGUUGGCACAAUUCUGACGAUGCUGGGUUACGAGUUGAGUGAAAAAACACUCCAAGAAAUCAUCAAGGAGGUGGACGAAGAUGGUUCCGGCGAACUUGAAUUCGAAGAAUUCUGCACCUUAGCUGCGAGAUUUUUAGUAGAAGAAGAUACGGAGGCAAUGCAACAAGAAUUACGCGAAGCAUUCCGUUUAUAUGACAAAGAGGGUAAUGGUUACAUUACAACCGCGGUAUUUCGUGACAUUCUUCAUGAACUGGACGACAAGUUGACGAACGAGGAAUUAGAUUUGAUGAUCGAGGAAAUUGAUGCUGAUGGUUCAGGAACUCUCGAUUUUGAUGAGUUUAUGGAAGUCAUGACUGGUGGUGACGAUUAGCAAGUGGUCGUUUAAAUUUUUUGAAGACCACGUUUGAACACGUAAUUGGCAGCGAUCAUGGGAAUGUUGGCGUAUUCAUAUUUUCUUAAACUUGGCAAUAGUUAACACGGUGAAGAUCGUGCGCGUGGAAAGAAAAGCCAAGAGAUAAGUUGUUAUAAAUUAUUAUGUUAACUUGUCUCUGUCGUUCGUUCGACCCCUGGCGCCUACCCUUUUUUACUUUUAGUUUUACGCUUGAAAAUGUAAUCCCUGAUAAUCUUUUCUAUGGAAAGCAAGUUUACGAAUUACCUUGAAGAUUCUUUUAGAAUAAGUUUACGUACUUACGUAAUUUUAAUAGAGAAACAAUUUGAAUUGUAGAAUCUCUUCAGUAUCUGCUGGUCACAUUCCUGUUCUCGUUUUACAUUCAAUAUAUACAAGAACGUAGAAAUAUUAAAUAAAACGUCAUAUGAAUACGAAAGACUAUCGUAUUAUAUUAUAAUAAAUAUCUAUAAAUAG